UAGACAACUGUGCACAUCGCAUUUAGUUUUAUAGCAUUUAAUUAACGAACGCUUCACCAAAGCUAUCUGCUUAGAAUUCACAUAGAUGCGACCUGCAUAAUUUUUCCUUUCUUUUUCAGUUUCGCUAAAAAAUGUCCCCGGUGUCCCUAGCUAUAGCCCUAAUACACCCUAAUCCACCUUAAUCGACCUUAAUCCACCUUAAUCUAAUCGCUUAUCAAUCAUUAACUUUUCUAUUCAUUAUCUCUUAUACACUGCUGGACAUGCUUUGGUUCGCUUCCGGCCUUCCUUGGGUCACGUGAUACUUUCUGUACCUCACGACGCGACCUUGAAACAUAUAGAACUAAUUAAGGCUUUCGCCUGAAAACCUAUUCCAAUAAUGCAUUUUGCCUGCGUCACCCGAUUCUCGGCUAAUCCCCCUUGGUGGGUAUGCGCCAGAGUCCUCGAGGUAAUCAUCAUCAUCAUCACCAUCACUAUUCCACAGCUGGGCGGCUGCGGAGGCGGCGACCAGUGACAUUGGCAAGUCGUCGGGACGGCAAAAUUCUCGCCAUGGACCGACCCGCGGUCGCCGCCGCGCCUGCUCUGGCCACUUCGGUGCCGGCGCUGCAGAAGCGGUACGUGAUCGGCUUCGAGCAGGCGGGCCUGGCCGACUGGACCGAGAUGGAGUUCGCCAGCCCCAUACCGCGCUUCACCUCCUGCCUGGUGUGCGGCGCCAUCGCGUCCGAGAUGCUCUGGUCGCGCUGCUGGCACGUCUUCUGCCCGCUGUGCGCGGCCAUGAUGGGAAGCGAGGAGGGCGUCGUGGCGUGCCCGCUGGACGGCGCCGUCACUCCGCUCGACGCCCUCCACAGGGACAAGAUCGCACUCGAAGUGCUGCUCGCCUUCAGGGUGUACUGUCCAAAUCGGUCCCUCGGGUGCGACUACAUCGGCCCCAUGGACAAGCUCCGCGACCAUACGCGACUCUGCGGCUUCUACAAUAUCCAGUGCCAAAUCUGCGGCAGUUGGCUGAAACGUUUCCAGCUCAGGGACCACACGGCGCGAGGAUGCACGGCGACGGCGCCACCGCCGCGCCCCGAACAAAAUUCCGCACCGUCUCAGCGACACGUGCACACGGUGGUGACGGGCGACCUGUACCCCGACAUCGCGCGAACCCUGACCGGAGAACCAGCCCAGGCCGCGCCCGCACCGAGCGCGCCGAGCGCGGCGCCUUCCAGGCUCUCCGUCAUCUUCAACGGUAACAGCAAGGAGUACGACGUGCUGGGCAUGAUCGCGGCCAUGAAGGAGAUGUGCCAGGAGUACGAAGACUUCAGGAACGCCUUCAACGACGUUCGCGAGUCCGUCACCGUGCACGCCGAGCAGACGCGCGCCGAAAUCGAAGACCUCGAGUCUAGACUCCGGGAGCAGCACCGGCUCUGGCGAGAAGACGUGGUGGGCGACGUGCGCCGCCUGAGGAGCGUCCUCGGAACCAAAACGUUCGACUGGCAGGUGGCACCCUUCUCGAAGCUCAAGAAGACGGCAGUCAGGAAGUGCACGCUGCUCAAGAGCGAAGACUUCUACGUCGGUCACCAAGGCUACCGCGUGGCGCUGUCCGGGUCGUUCUCCAAGAACCCGGCGGACGGACGCGUCUACCUGAGCGUCUACGUGCACUUGUUGCGCGGAAUGUUCGACGCGGCGCUCAGGUGGCCCUACCGGACGGUGACCACGGUGAAACUGGUCAACCAGGAGGCGGCCGCGGACAAGGCGGUGACCUUCGACCCCGGCGACGCGUGCGAGGAAGAGCAGGACAGCUUCCAGAGGCCCAAAGCGGAACGCAACGUCGGGUACGGUUUCCCGCUCGCCGCGCUGGAGGAAAUUGAAAACCCGGCCAACGGAUUCCUCAAGGACGACGCCUUUGUGAUCCAGUUCUGUGCCGACCUGGUGUAGAGUUGACUGCUCGUAAGCGAUGUGUGCAAAAGUGAUUAUUUUACAACACGUAAAUAAAUUACUGUGUCAG